CGGAAGUGGCUUCCGCUUCCGCCAGUCGCCUGUCCGAUCCGAGAGUGGUUGGCCGCCGCCGCUGCCGCUGCUUCCGUGUAGCCCGGCGACGUGAGGGCGAUGAGAGGGAGCCUAUUGUGAGCGGCGCUUCUCUCCCCCCGCCGCCUGCCGCCUCCUCCUCCCGGGCAUCCAGGCCGGUCGGGAUGGAGGAGGAGAGCAUGGAGGAGGAGGAGGGGGCCGGCGCAGGCGGGGGAGGCGGCGGUGGGAGCCUCAGUAGUAGCAGCGGCAGCAGCAGUUACGAGGCCUUCAUGGACGACCAGAACCACAACAACUGGGGCGCGGCGGGAGGAGGAGGAGGCGUCUGUGGCGGGUACGGGCAGCCCCCUCCGCCGCCCCAGCCCCCCUCGCCCUGCCCCGGGGAGCUGCGCCGCCCCUGCCUCCACAAGGGCUCCCUGCCGGCCCAGGAAGAGCUGCAGAUCCACAUGAUGGCCGAGGCGGCGGCGGGCAACGCGGGGCAAGGGAAAGGCUGCGAGGCCGCCAUGGGCAAAGGAGCGAGUGCCACCGGUGUUGCUUCUGCAGGCCUCAACCUCAACAUCAACCCAUCCGCCUCCAAGUUCCUAAUGAAUGUUAUAACGAUAGAAGACUAUAAGAGCACAUAUUGGCCAAAGUUGGAUAGUGCCAUAGAUCAGCUUUUGACACAGAGUCCUGGUGACUACAUCCCCAUCUCCUAUGAACAAAUAUACAGUUGUGUGUAUAAAUGUGUGUGCCAGCAGCAUUCGGAACAGAUGUAUAGUGACCUAAUAAAAAAGAUAACUAACCACUUAGAGAGAGUCUCAGAGGAGUUGCAGGCCAGCCCUCGAGAUCUCUACAUUGAAAGGUUUAACAUAGCACUUGGACAGUAUAUGGGAGCAUUACAGAGCAUUGUGCCUCUUUUCAUAUAUAUGAAUAAGUUUUACAUAGAAACAAAACUUAACCGGGACUUAAGAAAUGACCUUAUAAAACUGUUUACGGAACAUGUUGCAGAAAAGCACAUUUACAGCCUGAUGCCUUUACUUCUAGAAGCCCAAUCCACACCUUUCUGGAUAAACCCUUCCACCAUGGCAAAUGUUGUCAAAGGAUUGUAUAUGCUUAGACCAGAAUGGGUUCAGAUGGCACCAGCUUUAUUUUCUAAAUUUAUCCCAAACAUACUCCCUCCUGCUGUAGAAUCUGAGCUUGAAGAAUAUGCUGCUCAAGACCAGAAACUUCAACAAGAGCUUAUUCAGGAAGGUUUUUCCAGAGGUGACCAAUCACGUAAAAGAGCUGGAGAAGAAUUAACAUAUAAUGGUUCGGCCUCAUGUGCAAACUCAAGAGGAUGCAGAUAGUGACUGUACUAGAAGUAUUAUCUCGAUAGGAGUGGACACUGGAAUGGCAUUGAAUGGAAAUGUAUCCCGAGGUUCAGUUGAGGCCUGCUGGUACUCAAGUUCUCCGGUGCAAAGCUAUACCUGAAGAGGAGUUUGGACAUAUUUCUUACUACGUAAUAAAAUGCCUGUUUGCUGCUAUUGUGGGGGCUAACUUGGAAAAAUGUGGCUGAUCUUGAAGAGUUCUUCUUUGGCAAUCCUCUGAAGAAUAUACCUUUUUUCUUUUAAAGAUCACUGCUUAAUAGACCUUGGUAGACAAAAAGAGCAGCUUCCUCUGAAAGGAACAUUUGCACUAUUUAAAAAAUAUGUGGACAUUGCUGAGUGCCCAUUUAGUGGUCCAAACAUGUUGUUCAGUAAAUAUUGACCACCUGACAGUAUUUAUUUUCACAAAAGUUUGCCUCUAAGAGCCACUCAUGCAGCUGCUCCUUUAUAUGCGUGAGCUCAUACAUAGUUCACAUAGUUCAUUCAUUGAGCUCCCUGUUCUUUCGAGGCCACAGAAAUGUCUCUUAACGUACUGUAUAAUUAAACAUCACAGCAAAGUUAAAACAUUCUCCUGUGUACAUUUAUCUUUUAGAAAAUAAGCCUGAGAAAGAUGUACUUCUUCCUAAUUUGCUUUCCUGUGAGAAGAAAUAACACAAAUAUAAAAGUUACUUGUAUGUUGCUAUUGCCUUCAAUAAUACUUGCAAAGAAUUAAAGAUAAUUCCAUUCCAACGUUCUGAGUUGAAAUGGUAGUACAUACCUAACAACUGAAGGAUUUUCUAGGCCAGGUUGUCUCUUCCUGUGUACUUUGUUUUCAUUUUGUCAGUACAUGGAAAUGUUUGUUCUGAUUUAAAAUAAUCAGCUUGUUGAAUAUCUCGCCAUUGGACUGUUACAAUAAGUGUGGCCAAAAUAUUGGUUGUAUUUUUGGCUUACUUCUGAGCAGCAAAGUACUUGAAGUCAAUUUAAAACAUUUUUUGCUUCUAUUUUUUUGGAAGAAAGUGGUGGGGAUUUCAGUAUGAUUCACAUAUAAAAGAUGUUUCAGUCUUGGCUCUGUUGGAUAAAGCUUGAAUUUAAGAUUUUAACAAACUGCAGUAAUUUGCACUGCAUUAUAGGUAUGAUUAAUAUAUCUACAAUACGUACCUUACAAGGAAAAACUGGAUCCCUGCUUUCUCUUUCUGGGCUUGGAUUAGAGGCUGAUCACAAGGUGCUGUUUGCCUCCAAACCCCAUAUUCUCCGAAGAAUCACAAUGUAUAUAGGGCAGUAGUAGGAAAUGAUGGCCUUCCAGAUGUUUUUGACCUGCAGCUCCCAUAGUUGUCUUUGGUAGCAGGAUUGAUGAGAUUUUUUGAUCCAAAACAUUUUGGAGGAUCUCAUUUGUCUAUGGUUGAUGCACAUGAUGUGAUUUUACAUAGAAAGGGGGAGAAUGGUUCAAUUUCAGCAAAAGUACAUGUGGAUGAAUUUGUGAUUGAGCCAACAAAGUUAACCAGGAUGCAGAUGUUUAUGGGUAGAAGUGAGACUUUAAUGUGAGCACACUGUCCAGCUAAUGCUUCAGAUAGAAAAUGUUUUGUGUUUUCUGGUUUUCCAUAUACAGUAUAUAUAAUCAGAACAAGUAAACUUAAUUUCCUCACUGCUGGGUACUGAUCACAAUUCAGUUUUGUUGGCUACCCUGCAUAAUUUUGCAAUUCAUAAGAGUAAGACUCUUGAAAUGCCAUGGUCUAUGACAAGGUGAGGAACGCAAGCUAUGCAUGUAUGGGUCUCAGUGCCUGAUUUUGCAUUCCCACUACCCCAUGCUACUAAAAUUCCUCCAGAAUAUAGGGAUACAGUGGAAUUGGAAAAAGGCCCGUAGAAUAAGAGAUGCAGAGCACAUGAAUCUUGUUUUAAAACAUAGUCUAUGGUGUUUUAAAAUGAGAUACUUCUUUGCCCUGGUCCUUAUAGGAGUAUUACUCAAGAUCUCAUGGAAGUUCCCCAAACUUGGAUUAUGCUGUUGAGAAUAUCAUUUCAAACAAUGACAAGUAUCCCAUUAAAUUUCUGAUUUUUACUUAAUUUUUCUUUGACCAUUGAAGGCCAAUUCCAGUGUCAUUUUAAAAUGUUUCAUUCAUAUAGAGAUGGAUAGUUCUUUUAAAAACUGGUUAAUUUUGCAGGAGGAGGAUAAAAAAAUCAUUUUGAUGUUCAAAUUCUUUUGAAUUGGUGGAGAAUUUUAUUCUUUGUUGGUAAGAAAAACAUUAUUUCACUGCUAAUACGCUUGCAGCUAUGGUAAGGAAAAGCCUUUCAAUUUUUAUGCAACUUUUUCCUCCUGAUGUAUAGAUACACUCUCUUCUGAUUUACUAAAUUAGUCCAGGAUCCCCUAUAUAAGCAGAAAUGAGUGCUACAUAGAAAAGCAAUCCCCAAAUCCUAAAUAUUGAAAUGGCUGUCUGGGUUCCCCAUGGCAAGAAUACACAUUCCUUGUUAAUGUAUGGAUAUAUCCAUAUUGCCAUUCACAUUAGUUUAUCAGUAUAGAUUUGUAAGAGAAACCUGGAUUGCGAAAAGAUUUAGUAGGUACCAAAUAUAAAUUGAUUUAAAAAAAACCCACAAAAAACUGUGGUAUCUCUUGGAGUUUAAAAUAUUAAUAAGGUUUAGGGUUGUUGUUUUUUUAAAAAAAGUAUGAAAUAUGGGUAGUUUGCUAUAUCCAUAUGAUUCCUUUCAUUGCCGAAUUCUCCCCAGAUUCCUUCCUUGCAACAUUUAGCUUUUAAGGAAGAAGAUGGCAACUGCUUCACUCUCUGGAAGUGAAGUUGAGUUAGGUACUGAAAUACUAUACCCACAAUCAUCGCACAGGCAACGUGUCAUUUGGGUAUUUCUGCAAAAAAGAAAUUGUCUUUUUCCCAGUUGAUGUAAGUCCAAAACUGAUAAUCAACUGCUUACUAUCUUGUAAGUCACUUUUUAUGAUAGUUAGAAGGUUUGAUUCCAUGUCUUACUCCAAUCCCAAUUUCCUUCAGAAUAUACUGAUAUACUGAUGGGCAGAGCAAGGCCACUAGUUUUUUUUAAACUUUAUAUUCUAGAGAGCCAAAAGCAAACAAAUUAAAGCAUGUGAAAGAUGCUUUGUGUGUAUUGGCAUACCUUGGCAGUGAAAUCACUGUCUACCCAGAUAAGCUAUUCCCACUUCACACCUUGUUGCAUUUUGAGUUUAUUCAUAUAUCUAUACCAUGAUACAUAAAAGUAUUCAUGGUGACGGCUGCAUAGCCAUCAAAUUAACCUGCUGGCAUACCUUGGUCUAGUCUGGGCCUGAUUAUUUUUGGGAAAAAUGUAAAUUUGGAUUGGCUUCUGACUAUGCUGAUAUAGGUUAGAAUCAGAUUCCCAUUUAAUAUUUUGUUAUCAUAGCGACUGAAACUGAUGGGAUAGAAUUAAAAAUAAAAUGCCCCCUGGAUUUCUAGUUAUAUGCACAUUUUAUUAUGUACUUGUUAGACUUUUUUUUUGAAAAAAAAACACCUUUGGGAUGGAGCAUGUAUUAGUCUCAGAGAUACUACAACUCCCAUGGCCCUAAUCAGCAUAGCCAAUUGUUAAGAGGGAUAAACUGUGCUCCUACUACAUUUGCAGGGCUCCGCAUUUGUUAACCCUGCUUUACUCAGUUGUGGUUUGGAGAACACACACAUUCUUUUUCUACCAAUGCUUUUAUUUGUGUCAUUGAAAGUUGAGCCAUAGGACAUGUCCUCUACAAUUUUAGGACAAAGCAUUCCUUUAAUGUGGUCCAUGUUCUACACAUCCUUUCAGAAAUGUUUUAGCUGUAUGUAGCAACUUGCCUGAAUAGGAAGCUUGAGAACUUAUUGUACAAAAUAAAAAAAUAAUUAAAAAUGAUGUAUUAUGUUGUAAAUUAGUAUUAAGAUUUCUGUAUGUUUUAGCAUCUCAUGCUGAAAUCAUUUGUUUUCCUAUUUUUAUCUUUGUGAACAGAGUAUGAACAAAUGGAACAAGACAUACGGAAUAAUGGUUGCUUUGUAAACAAUUUGGUGGAUUAGUAUAUCCAGUCUCUGGAGCCUUGACUUUUACCUACCACUUGUGUGUUUUCCACAUGAGACCUAAAUGGAAAAAUUUUAUGCAUUGGGUGUCAUCUUAUAUAUCAAAAUUGUUUCCUGGGAAACUUGCUCUAUUAAAGUAUUUUUAGAUAAA